UGUUUUUAAAUGCGGCUUCUCUGCAGGGUGGUGGGCUGAAGCAGGCGUGAAGAAUUGCCUUGGUCUAUCUUCGGCAGAGCUGCACAUGUAUGCAAUUAGUUUUUUGUUUUAAAAAAAAAAAAAAAAACUAAACCUCACAGGGUUUUUACAAGAGAAGUUAGCUCUACUUCCUGAUUUCUCAGGAAAUUCAGCCAAUAUCUGCUUGAAGUCAUGUGGACGUGUGGUUACGUUAUAAAAGUGACCUGUGGGCCGUUCAUCAGUCACACUCACUCGGUGGCGAUCAGAUGUGUGAAAGGCAGAAGAGGUAAGAAGAUGGACGACAUCGAUGCUAUGUUCAGUCACCUGCUGGGUGAGAUGGACCAUCUCUCCCAGAGUCUAGCACAAGCAGCAGGUUCCCCAGGAGUGGACGAGACUCCACAAGAGAGCUCCUUCUCCAUUGGCUUCAACAACCCGAACGAGUCACUCGACGAGCUGGAGGACCAUGAGCUGGACGCUCUGAUGGCUGAUCUGGAGUCAAAGGCAACCGAACAAGAAUUUUCCACUCACAAUGACACCAGCAGCCCUGCAGGAAAUCAAACCUCACCACCUGCCAUUUAUCAGGAGUGUGAGCCUGUAGUGACCUUUCCUGUGGUUAGCACACAGUCGUCAAGAGCGGUGAAAAUGAAUGAACCCCAAACAAAGGCAGAUAAAAUUAAAGUGGCUCUGGAGAAACUGAAAGAAGCCAAAGUGAAGAAGCUGAUUAUAAAGGUGCUGAUGAGCGACAGCAGCUCCAAGACUCUAAUGGUGGACGAGAGGCAGACAGUCGGAGACGUUUUGGACAAGCUGUUUGAGAAGACGCACUGCGAGAGCAGCAUCGACUGGAGCCUGUGUGAGAUCAAUCCUGAGCUGCAGAUUGAAAGAGCGUUUGAGGAUCAUGAAUGUCUGGUGGAACCACUGAGUGCUUGGAGUCGGCACAGUGAUAACAAACUCUACUUCUUGUCAACACCUCAAAAGUACAUGAUGUUCACGGAGCCUCAGAUCUUUUACAUGUGGAAGAAGAAGAAAUCUGGCACGGGUGACAUGAACAGCCAAGCUAAAGAGCUCCUUAUCAAGGAGAACUUUGGAGGUUCUACUACUAUCGUCCCUAAUCUUGAGGGCAUGUUAUACCUAAAAGAAGACGGGAAGAAGGUUUGGAAACCUCGCUACUUCAUGCUUAGGGCCUCUGGGAUCUAUUAUGUCCCCAAAGGAAAAACAAAGUCCUCCACUGAUCUUGCGUGUUUUGUUCGCUUUGAUAAAGUCAGCAUCUACACCAGCAGCAGCUACAGACAGAAAUACAGAGCUCCCACAGACUUCUGUUUCCUCUUAAAGCAUCCCUGCAUCCAGAAGGAGUCUCCCUACAUCAAGUUCCUGUGCUGUGAAGACAAACACACGCUGCUGCUUUGGGUCAACUCCAUCAGGAUAGCAAAGUACGGCGCUGACCUGUACAAGAACUAUCAAGCUGCCCUGAAGAGAGCAUCCACUGUGCAAACUCCCUACUCUGCAGCAAACAAAGACAAAUCAAACAGUCACACCUCUCUGGAAAGCCCAUACCCAGGUCCAUCAGCCCAUUCCAAUGAAAGUGUCCCUACUGAAUUACCCCCUGACUUUAUUCCUUCUCCUCCUUCUGGACACGAAUGUCUUUGAGACAAGCAAGAACUUUCUACCUCACAGCAUCUUGCCUAGAGUGCUAGUAUUACAACGCAGGCCACAUGUAUUGGCACCUCGGCCGACGAUGUGGGGAUUCUGCGUUCUGUUGGGCCCCGAAAUACACAAACUCAUUUGUUCAUUCAUUCUAGUACUUUUGUUCAGGGUUGGCAUAUACAGCGCCUUGCAAAAGUAUUCACCCCCUUGGCUUUUUACCUAUUUUGUUACAUUCCAACUUGUAAUUUAAAAGUUUUUAAUCUUAUUUUGUGUAAUGGAUCUGCACAAAAUUGUCUAUGUAAGUAAAAUGUGAAAAAAAAUUAUAAGAAAAGUAUUUAAAAAUAACAAAGAACAACUGAAAAUAUGAAUGUGUGCAUAUGCAUCCAACCCUUUGGCUGUGAAGCCCCUAAAAGGUUCAGGUGCUGCCAGUUUCCUUCAAAAGUCCUAUAAUUAGUGAAUUGAAGUCCACCUAUGUGCAAUCUAAAUCUCACAUGAUCUGUCAGCAUAAACAGACAUUUUCUGAAAGACCCCAGAAGCUGCAGCACCUCUAAGCAGGAGGCGUCACACCAUGGAGACCAAGGAGCUCUUCAGACAAGUCAGGGAUAAAGUUGUUAAGAAGAACAAGUCAGGGUGGGGUUAUAAAAAUAUCUAAAUCUUUGAUGUUCCCCUCGGAGCUCCAUGAAAUCCAUCAUGUUUAAAUGGAAAGCUCGUGGUACAGCAAGAUGGUACCAGAGCUCACAGACCGGGCCAGGAGGACAUUAAUCAGAGAGGCAGCACAGAGACCAAAGCUCUGUCCUAUGGAGGGUCUGUCCAUAGGACCACAAUAACCCACACAUGCCAUAGAGCUGGGCUUUAUAGAAGAGUGGUCAGAAAAAAAAAGCCAGUUUUAGACUUAAGAAAGCAGACCUUUGAGUUUGCCAAAAGGCAUGUGGGCAACACCUACAGAUCAGAUGAGUUAAAUGUAACUUAACAUGAUUACAUCCACCCUUAGAGCACAAUCCCCAGAGUGAAACAUGCUGUGGGAAUGUUUUUCAGCAGCCAGGACUGGGAAAUUGGUCCUAGUCAAAGGAAACAUAGAUGGUGCUAAAUGCAUGGAUAUUCUGGAGCAGAACCCACCAGUCUGCUUGUGAUUUAAGACUGGGGCGGAGGCUCACGUUGCAGGACAAUGAGCCGACGCUUCCCGCUAAAGCAACAGUCUGAAGGGGGAAACUUCUGAAUGUGUGGUUGAAUUGCCUAGACAAAGUCCAGACAUUAAUCCAAUUGACAAUCUGUGAUUGUACUUGGAGAUGGCGGUUCACAAGAGAAAACUAUCCAACAUAAGCUGGAACAGUUUUGACUUAAGGAAAUGGCAAAAAGCUCAGAGACUGAUCCAAAGCAACUUUCAGCUGUAAUUGCUGCAAAAGGUGGCUCUACAAAGCACUGACCUUUGAGAGGUAAAUAAAUAUCCAUGCUGAGGUUUUCUAUUGUUUUGUUCUAUUUGUUGUUUGCUUCACAA